AGAGCCUGCCUACAACAACAACUUCAAGUCCUGUCGAGACACACCUUGUGGCACCAAAGGUCGCUUCUGGAACAACGGUGCUCUACCAUUUUUCCUCCACAGCAGCGUGCAACGCCCACAUCCCCAAGCUCUGCCAGCAGCUCUCUCGUCACGGUCAUCGUAGCACGGCUGUGCCGCCACAUUCAUCAUGGCGACGGCGACACUGCCUCAGAAGCGCAUUCUCGGCGACGCUUCCAACCGUCGAAACAUCCCGUCUACGCCAGCCUCCUCGAAACGACGGAAGCUCGAGCCACUCACUUCCUCGCCCGCUUCCCGGCUCAACAGCUCGCAACAGGGUCCGACCUCAAAGCUUGCGUCAAGCCAGCCGAAAAGUGCCUUCGAAUCCGAAGUCCUCGAGAAGCUCAGCCAGGACAUCUCAGACCUCAAACAGAACAACUCCGAAAGAGACCAGUCCUGGGAAAGGCCGCCAGUAGUCGAUUUUCAGCCAGACCGUGAUGCACUCACAUUCCAGCAAAUUGAGGCCGAGGAGGGCACGCUGCACGGUGGCAAGACCACGGUCAAGCUAUUUGGUGUCACGGAGAACGGCCACUCCGUCAUGCUCCAUGUCACCGACUUCAAGCAUUACCUUUACGUCGCAGCGCCCGUCUCCUUCACGCCAAAAGACUGUGAACCUUUCAAAGCAUAUCUCGAGACCCAACUCGCACAACACCAGCCAGCCAUAUAUUCGUGCCAGGUUGUGCUGAGGGAGAAUAUUUAUGGAUUUCAGGGCAAUACGCAGAGUCCAUACAUCAAAAUCACCGUCACAGACCCCAAAUUCAUCCCCAGGGUGCGGACCACGAUAGAAAGAGGAGACGCCAACUGGAAGGGGCUGUGGAAGAGUGCGGACGGAGGUAUCAAGACAUUCGACAACUUGCAAUACAUUCUCCGCUUUAUGGUCGACUGCAAGAUUCCUGGAAUGUCCUGGGUAGAGGCUCCAGCAAAGAUGUACAAGCUGCUGCCAGACCACCUCAGACAGUCAAACUGCCAAAUUGAGGCUGAGAUCAGCUAUCACCAGCUCGUCUCACACGAGCCAAAGGGCGAAUGGUCCAAAAUGGCGCCAUUGCGCAUUUUGUCGUUCGAUAUCGAAUGUGCUGGCCGUAAGGGCAUCUUCCCUGAGCCCGAGAUCGAUCCAGUCAUCCAGAUUGCAAACGUUGUCACGAGAUUUGGUGAGACAAAGCCCUUUGUGCGCAAUGUCUUCUGCUUGGACACCACGAGUCCAAUCGUUGCAACCCAGAUUCUGGAGUUCCAUGAUGAGAAAGACAUGCUCAUGGAGUGGAAGCGCUUCAUUGAGAAGGUCGACCCAGAUGUGAUCACGGGAUACAACAUUGCCAACUUUGAUUUCCCGUACCUACUCGACCGAGCGAGCGCACUGAAGGCCAAGGGCUUUGAGUACUGGGGCCGUCUUCCCAGCGUGAAAUCUGCGCACAAGAAGGCCAACUUCUCCAGCAAGCAGAUGGGUAAUCGCGAGUCAAAAGAGACCAACACCAACGGCCGUCUCCAGCUUGACCUACUACAACUAAUUCAACGCGACCACCACCUGCGAAGCUACACUCUCAACUCGGUGUGCUCCCACUUCCUGGGAGAACAAAAGGAAGACGUGCACCAUACAAUGAUCACAGAACUCUUCAAUGGCACGCCAGAAUCGCGCCGCCGUCUAGCGUUGUACUGCUUGAAGGAUGCGUACCUCCCACAAAGACUCAUGGACAAGCUCUCGUGUCUUGCAAACUACACAGAGAUGGCCAGAGUCACCGGCGUGCCUUUCAACUUCCUGCUUUCAAGAGGACAGCAGAUCAAAUUCCUCAGUCAAAUGUACCGCAAGGCUUUGGAGCAGAAGCUCGUCAUCCCCAACUUGAGGAGCGAGAGCUCAGAUGAGCAGUACGAGGGUGCCACAGUCAUUGAGCCAACAAGAGGCUACUACGAUGUUCCGAUUGCAACACUCGAUUUCGCCUCCCUUUAUCCCAGUAUCAUGCAGGCGCACAACUUGUGCUAUACGACACUAUUGAACAAGGCUGCUGUCGAGAAGUUUGGACUUAAAAAGGAUGAAGAUUACACCGUCACUCCCAACGGCGACAUGUUUGCGACUGUCAAGCAACGCAAAGGUCUACUUGCACAGAUUCUGGAAGAACUUCUCGCCGCCCGAAAGCAAGCAAAGUGUGAGCUCGCUGUCGAAACAGACCCUUUCAAGAAGGCAGUGUUGAACGGUCGACAGUUGGCUUUGAAGAUUAGCGCCAAUUCCGUAUACGGUCUGACGGGUGCGACUACAGGCAAGCUUCCUUGUCUAGAAAUUGCCAGUAGUACCACGAGUUACGGCCGUCAAAUGAUUGAGAAAACAAAAGCGGAGGUUGAGGCAAAGUACUGCAUUGCCAAUGGGUACUCUCACGAUGCGCAGGUCAUCUAUGGUGACACUGAUUCCGUCAUGGUCAAGUUCGGCAUGAAGGACCUGCCAGAGGCAAUGAAGCUCGGCGAAGAAGCAGCCGCCUACGUGUCCUCCAAAUUCAUCAAGCCGAUCAAGCUCGAGUUCGAGAAGGUAUACUACCCAUACCUGCUCAUCAACAAGAAGCGGUACGCCGGUCUGUACUGGACGAAGCCGGAGAAGCACGACAAGAUGGACACCAAGGGUAUCGAGACUGUCCGCAGAGACAAUUGUCUGUUGGUGCAGACCGUCAUCGAAAAAGUCCUUCGCAUGAUUCUGAUCGACCAGGAUGUGCCCGGCGCGCAGGAAUAUGUCAAGGACACCAUUGCGGAUCUGCUACAGAACAAGAUCGAUAUGUCCAAGCUAGUCAUCACGAAGGCGCUAACGAAAGAGAGCUACGAUGCCAAGCAGGCUCACGUCGAGCUCGCCGCCCGCAUGAAGAAGCGUGAUGCCGGCUCUGCGCCCGGUCUUGGUGACCGUGUCGCGUAUGUCAUGGUGAAGGGCAGCAGCGGCUCCAAGAACUUUGAGAAUUCCGAAGACCCCAUCUUCGUCCUCGAAAACAAUGUCCCCAUUGACACGAGAUACUACCUGGACAACCAGCUAGCCAAGCCUCUGGGGCGUAUCUUCGAGCCCAUUCUCGGCGAGACAAAAGCCAAGUCACUGCUCACGGGCGACCACACUCGCUCCAUCUCAGUGGCGGCGCCGUCGGUUGGUGGUCUGAUGAAGUUUGCCAAGAAGACGAUGACCUGUAUGGGGUGCAAGAAACCGCUCGUGGGCAAGGAGGAGAGCGCAGGCGCCGUGUGCUCCAACUGCGCGCCCCGGGUGGGUGAGCUGUACAAGAAGACGCUGGACAAGGUGUCUGAUCUCGAGGUGCGCUUCGGCAGGCUUUGGACGCAGUGCCAGCGAUGCCAGGGCAGCAUGCACGGAGAGGUCAUCUGCAGCAGCAAGGACUGCCCCAUCUUCUACAUGCGCAUGAAGGCCAAGAAGGACGUCGAGGACGCGGGCAAGGAGCUCAAGCGGUUCGACUUUGACCAGAGUGCCAUUUGGUAGAGAGAGACAGACUUGUUCGCCUUCAGUGUCAGGACGGCACUAAUGUUGUCUGGCAAAUCUCGUACCCGAUGAGGGUAUUUGAUGUAGCUUUUCAGGGUUUGGCAUUGUCAUCGGUUUCGCUUGCAAGAGAGGGGUCAAAAAGCAUGGAGUACAGGUGGUUAU